GCUUUUGGGAAUCGCCUGGAUGGUGGUUUUGGAUCAGCCCAGCUGGGUUUUCAAGUUGGAACUCCGCUAAUACAAGAAAUUCGCGUCCACCUCGGCGGCUGGGGGCUUGGGCCAGGCCAGCGGGCUCCCUUAAGGGUGAUAACAUGUUUGGCAGGAUACACUUCUACGGAAACGUCUUUCCACCAGCUCUGGGGAAUAUGACUUCGUGAGUGAAUGAUGCAUCUGAAGGCAGUGGGCAGUGAGAAGACGAAGCUUCGUGUAACGAUGUACAGCUUGGUGAUUUUCAAAGCAACACUUGAACAAAGAGUUAUUGGCUUGAACCAACCAUCUUUUUCACUCAAAGUGUGACCCAUUUCCCUACAAUAAGCAGAAAAUAAAACUGUGAGAAUUCCGAGCCAACACCAGGAGAAAUGAACCAUUCUCUCGACUGCUUCUCCUCUCCAUAAGCAAAAGAUUAUUCAUUUCAGGAUUACUAACCGUAAACGAGAAAAGGGUCUGAUGUGGAAACGAGUGAAAACUCUGGGAGCAAAAAUGUAGGCGGUAGGAGAAUGUUUAUUAGGCUGUAUCCUUGAUUUUUGACCGCCUCCUCCCCUUCUUUAAAUCAGUGCCUUGUCUUUCACACACAAAUAGCGUCUGGUUCUUUGGUGGCGAGGGGUGCAGAUGGAGGUGCUCUGUGUCCCCUUACAGAAGCUUUUUCUCGAACCCAAGCUAGACCGGAGCGUUCAGGGAUCUUCUUGCUAUUUUUCAACAUGCAGUUUCUCGUUAGAACUGUAAUCGUCAAUCCGGUUGUUUAGCAUUUCAUCGCUGCUGCCUCCCUCCCUUCCAAGAAAGAACACACUCGCUUGCAUGCACACUUACACAUGUUCAGAAAGAGUCCAUCCGAUCCUGGCAAUCGGCUGAAAACGAUUCAUAUCUACGUGAAUUGCUUCCCAACCGCGUAUUUGGAUUCAUACACUCGAGGCUGUGUCUCGUUUCACCAUAGAGAAAAAUUGUCAUUUCAUACAGUGAUAAAAUGCGAACCGUUAUGAUCUUUUGUAAAUGGCCCUCACUUUAUAUUGUGGGGGAAAAAAUCACUAUUUGGCAAUAGUCGGGAGUGGGGGGAUUCGAUGAGCGUCGCAGGCCAAUAUCGAAAUAUUUUAUUUCAUGCCAAUGCGGGACAGGGAAGGGAGUGUGGCUUAGGCUCCUUGCCGCUUUUGCAUUUUCCACAUCUGGCCUACAGACCUAAUUCUAACUCGAGAUGUCGUUUGAUGAAAUUCGAUCUUCGUGGUUUAAAUACCUUUCAAUUCGGGGGCGAUAUAACAUUUGCAACCGUUAAAGAAACAAACCCUGUGCAAUAUCUGUGAAACCAAUAUGGAACACGGAGAAAGAAAACAUGCUGCACACAAAUCCUAACCAUUGUCUUUAACACUCGCAUACACACACACAUACACAUAAACACACAGGGAAGAUGGGGGAGGGGAGCGAGUGGAGAGAGACAGACACGGAUACAGACCGACAAGAGUCAAAGCGAGUCAAGUUAACGCUUUCUCCGCCCCCAGCCACAAGUACCCCCCCCCCGCGUUAAUUAAUUCCAAACAAAGCAAGCCAAUCAAGUGAUGCAUUAUUAUUUUCAAGCAGAGGGAGGCGAGAGGCAUGUAUUUUUUAAUUGAUUUAUUUAUUUGGAGGACAUUAAUUCUCGGUCUGAGGCUGAUUUUCAAACCAUUUGCAAAGCGCGGCUCCAUUGUUCGCCGGGCGCGCAGGCUCCGCCCCCUGCUUUGUGUGCGGUGCGCGGAUUGGCCGGCGCGCGCGGGGGCCGCGUCAGCGCCCGCGAGCCCAUUCAUCUGUGCACUUGGGCGUUGGACCCCGCAUCUUAUUAGCAACCAGGGAGAUUUCUCCAUUUUCCUCUUGUCUACAUUGCGGCUACAAAUCUGGGAUUUUUUUAUUACUUCUUUUUUUUAAAAAACUACACUUGGGCUCCUUUUUUUGUGCUCGACUUUUCCUCCCUUUUUCCCUCCCUCCUGCGCUGCUGCUUUUUUAUCUCUUCGACUUAAAUUUUUUUAUCCGGAGUGUAUUUAAUCGGUUCUGUUCUGUCCUCUUCACCACCCCCACUCCCCCCUCCCUCCGGUGUGUGUGCUGCUGCCGCCGCCGCUGCUGCCGCCGCCGCUGCUACUGCCGCUCGCCCCGUCGUUACACCAACCGGAGGCUCUUUGUUCCCCCCUUGGAUCUGUUGAGUUUCUUUGUUGAAGAAGCCAGCAUGGGUGCCCAGUUCUCCAAGACCGCUGCGAAGGGAGAAGCCACCGCGGAGAGGCCCGGGGAGGCGGCUGUGGCCUCGUCGCCUUCCAAAGCGAACGGGCAGGAAAAUGGCCACGUGAAGGUAAACGGCGACGCUUCUCCCGCGGCCGCCGAGCCGGGCGCCAAGGAGGAGCUGCAGGCCAACGGCAGUGCCCCGGCCGCCGACAAGGAGGAGCCCGCGGGCGCCGGGAGCGGGGCGGCGUCGCCCGCCGCGGCCGAGAAGGAGGAGCCGGCCGCCGCCGCCGCCCCCGAGGCCGGGGCCAGCCCCGCGGAGAAGGAGGCUCCCGCCGAGGGCGAGGCCGCCGAGCCCGGCUCGCCCUCGGCCGCGGAGGGGGAGGCCGCGUCGGCCGCCUCCUCGACGUCUUCGCCUAAGGCGGAGGACGGGGCCACGCCCUCGCCCAGCAACGAGACCCCGAAAAAAAAAAAGAAGCGCUUUUCCUUCAAGAAGUCUUUCAAGCUGAGCGGCUUCUCCUUCAAGAAGAACAAGAAGGAAGCGGGAGAGGGCGGGGAGGCCGAGGGCGCAGCCGGCGCCUCCGCCGAAGGCGGCAAGGACGAGGCCUCCGGGAGCGCCGCUGCGGCCGCCGCAGAGGCGGGCGCGGCCUCCGGGGAGCAGGCGGCCGCGGCGCCGGGCGAGGAGGCCGCGGCGGGUGAGGAGGGGGCGGCGGGCGGCGACCCGCAGGAGGCCAAGUCCGAAGAGGCCGCCGUCGCGCCCGAGAAGCCAGCCGCCAGCGAGGAGGCCAAGCCCCCCGAGGAGCCCAGCAAGGCCGAGGAGAAGGCCGAGGAGGCCGGGGCCAGCGCCGCUGCCUGCGAGGCGCCCUCAGCCGCCGGGCCCGGUGCGCCCCCGGAGCAGGAGGCGGCGCCCGCGGAGGAGGCGGCCGCGACAGCCUCGUCAGCCUGCGCAGCCCCGUCACAGGAGGCCCAGCCCGAGUGCAGUCCAGAAGCCCCCCCAGCGGAGGCGGCAGAGUAAAAGGGCCCGAGUUUUGAGAUAAUCGAAGAACUUUUCUCCCCCUCCCCCCCCCGUUUGUUUGUUGGAGUGGUGCCAGGUACUGGUUUUGGAGAACUUGUCUACAACCAGGGAUUGAUUUUAAAGAUGUCUUUUUUUUAUUUUCCUUUUCUUUUUAAGCAACAAAUUUUGUUCCCCCACCCCCUCCUCCCCCCACAGAUCCCAUCUCAGAUCAUUCUGUUACCACCAUUCCAACAGGUCGAGGAGAGCUUAAACACCUUCCUCUGCCUUGUUUCUCUUUUGUUUUUAUUUUUUGCAUCAGUAUUAAUGUUUUUUGCAUACUUUGCAUCUUUAUUCAAAAAUGUAAACUUUCUUUGUCAAUCUAUGGACAUGCCCAUAUAUGAAGGAGAUGGGUGGGUCAAAAGGGAUAUCAGAUGAAGUGAUAGGGGCCACGAUGGGGAAGUUUAAGUGGUGCGUGACAUUGCCAAGAGUAACGUACCGCUAGAAAUAAAUGAUGGUGUAAAGGCUUAGUCUUUUUCUUUUUUUUUUAAAGAAAAGUUAUUACGAUGUAUUUUGUGAGGCAGGUUUACAACACUACAAGUCUUGACUAAGAAGGAAAGAGAAGAAAAAAAAAAAAACACCAAUACCCAGAUUUUAAAAAAGAUCAUAGUCUUAGGAGUUCAUUUAAACCAUAGGAACUUUUCACUUAUCUCAUGUUAGCUGUACCAGUCAGUGAUUAAGUAGAACUACAAGUUGUAUAGGCUUUAUUGUUUAUUGCUGGUUUAUGACCUUAAUAAAGUGUAAUUAUGUAUUACCAGCAGGGUGUUUUUAACUGUGACUAUUGUAUAAAAACAAAUCUUGAUAUCCAGAAGCACAUGAAGUUUGCAACUUUCCACCCUGCCCAUUUUUGUAAAACUGCAGUCAUCUUGGACCUUUUAAACACAAAUUUUAAACUCAACCAAGCUGUGAUAAGUGGAAUGGUUACUGUUUAUACUGUGGUAUGUUUUUGAUUACAGCAGACAAUGCUUUCUUUUCCAGUCGUCUUUGAGAAUAAAGGAAAAAAAUCUUCAGAUGCAAUGGUUUUGUGUAGCAUCUUGUCUAUCAUGUUUUGUAAAUACUGGAGAAGCUUUGACCAAUUUGACUUAGAGAUGGAAUGUAACUUUGCUUACAAAAAUUGCUAUUAAACUCCUGCUUAAGGUGUUCUAAUUUUCUGUGAGCACACUAAAAGCGAAAAAUAAAUGUGAAUAAAAUGUA